AUGCAGUGGGUCGCUCUGGCAGUGGCCCUGGGGUGUGUGUGUCUGUCCUGGGCAUCGCACACCCCCACCCCCACCCCCACCUCCACACACACCCCUCUGGUGGACGCCUCCGAGGAGGAAGUGGAUGAGCCGUGCUUCGAGCCGUGCACGUGUGAGGUCAAGGAAGGCGUUCUGCACGUGCACUGUGAUGGGCGAGGCUUCACCAAUGUCAGCCAGGUGUCACAGUCGUGGGUACGCCCCUUCAAACUCAACCUCCAGAGGAACUCGCUGAGGCGUCUCUAUAGCAACGGGUUCCAGCACCUUAGCAACGCUGUGGCGAUAAACCUUGGCAACAAUGCACUCCAGGACAUCCGGGUGGGAGCUUUCCAUGGGCUGGCCAAACUCAGACGCCUAUACCUCCAUGAGAACAAGUUGGAGGUUUUCCGAAAUGAUACCUUCUCGGGCUUGGAGGCACUAGAAUACCUCCAGGCAGACUACAACGUGAUCAAGCGCAUUGACAGCGGGGCUCUAAGGUUCCUGUACAAGCUGCGGGUUCUCAUUCUCAAUGACAACCUGAUCCCCGUCUUGCCUGCUCAUCUGUUCAGAUCUGUUUCUCUGACUCACCUGGACCUGCGGGGGAACCGUUUGAAGAGUCUGGCAUAUGCCGGGACCCUGGAGUAUGUGGGCCGCUCUUUAAUGGAGCUGCAGCUGGAGGAAAAUCCCUGGAACUGUGGCUGUGAGGCGGUCCAGCUACAACAGUGGCUGGGUCAGAUCCCCUACACAGCUGUGGUGGGGGAUGUCACCUGCGAGUACCCCUUCCACCUCCAUGGUAAGGACCUAAGAGAGAUCCCCCGCAAAGAGCUGUGUGCAGACCUCCCCGAUAAAGAGUUACAAGCAGAGGGAGGUGCUCCACCAGGUGGGUCGCAGACCCAACAUUUGCCCCCCAAGUCCAACUCCCCCCCUGGCCGAGUCAGGCCCACUAAACCUUCCUCUAUGGUUCAUGGCUCACGCCAGAAUGCACACACCUCUUCCACUUCCUCCUCCUCCUCCUCGGCAGAGCGUAGAGACCGAGAACGGCAGCCUAGGCCAACUAAAAGGCCCCGGCCGUCCAGGACAUCCCCAACGCCCCGCAGCCUAAUGCCCAACCAGAACCCCCCCAUGGCUGGCUACCAGACACGGCCCCCCAUCCCCAUCAUCUGCCCCCUGGGCUGCACCUGCAACCUGCACAUCUCAGACUUGGGCCUAACUGUCAACUGUAAGGAGAGCCGCUUCCUCAACGUGUCCCAGUUAACCCCACGACCGCUGAACGGGCGUAAGCUGUACCUGAGUGGUAACUUGAUCCAGAGGAUCUAUCACACAGACUUCUGGAAUUUCUCCAGCCUCGACCUGCUCCACCUGGGGAACAACCGCAUCUCCUACCUUCAGGAGGGAGCCUUCUCCAGCCUGCCAAGCCUGAGGAGCCUCUUCCUGAAUGGGAACAACCUGGAGAGACUCAGCCCUGACAUGUUCCUGGGACUUCAGAACCUCAGGUACCUCUACUUUGAGUACAACGAGAUUCGUGAGGUGGAGCCUGGCACCUUUGACUCCAUGCCUUCCCUCCAGCUGCUGUUCCUGAAUGCCAACCUGCUGCGGAGCCUCCCUCCGGGUGUCUUCUCGGGAGUCAAUCUCGCCCGCCUCAACCUGCGAAACAACCACUUCCUGCGACUCCCUGUAGAGGGCGUCCUGGAGCACCUCACCGGGCUCGUGCAGGUGGACCUGCAGCAGAACCCGUGGGAGUGUAACUGUGAGGCGGCUCCUCUGAAGCGUUGGCUGGAGGGGCUGAGCGCCGUGGUGGUGGUGGGGGAAGUCGUCUGCCAUUCCCCCGAAGAGACCAUGGGCGUGGACCUCCGCUCACUGUCCAUGGAGCUCCUCUGCCCAGAGCUGGAAUCCCAGGAGGACCAGGAGCAGGAGGGGCAGACUGCUACUUCCACAGCUCCAGACGGAGGGGUCUCGGUUGGCUACCCUGGCUCAGGGCUGGGACCUCUGGUCCCCCCGGGGAAAGACUCAAUCCCGCUGUCGGUGUUAGUGCUCAGCCUGCUGGUACUGCUUGUCUCGGCCUUCUUCGCAGCAGCGGCGCUGAUCGCCUAUGCCCUGAGGAGAAGGGACAAGCUGCCGUUCCGCCGCCAGGGAGAGGUGGAUUUGGCUGGCAUCCAAAUGGAGUGUGGGAUUUUCACCGAGCAGACCCACCACCCCCACCACCACCAGCACCAGCACCACCACCAUGUCCUCCCGGAGACGCCGCCUCUCCCUGCCCCGGAACACAACCACGUCUACGACAACAUCCUGCCCCCUGAACCCGCCGCCAAAGGCCCAAGUGCUCCUCCCACAGCCCCACACGCGUGCGGCAGCCCUAUCUACAAACAGGAGCAGGAUGCAGCGGUGAAACAGCACCAACCACAGCAGCAGCCAUUCGCAGGGUGUAAAGACAGCGAGGGAGGCUGUCACACCGUGACGGAGAAGGAGAGGGAGUGGACGCGGGAGGUGUCCUCCUCGCCCAUCAGCACGGUCGCCGGGGCGAUGGGGCCACUCGCCGGUCUCCACGGGAAUGGGAUCCUCUGCCCGACCGUCAUCGACAGCCAGGGUCCCACGCCUAAGGUGGAAUUGGUGGACUGCCUCUUCAGAAUCCCCACCCCUGAAUUCCGCGACCUGCCCGACAGGUUCACGCGGCCGCCACCCCGCUACCCCCACCCCCCUGAUCCCAAACAGGAAGCCAGGCCUGACCAAAUGCUGGUGGUCACUACAGCCAGUACGGCUGCAGGCAGUGGCGCUGGUAACAGCAGCCAGACUGAGCAGGGGGCAGGAGAGCCCAGGACCAGACUGAGGACCACACCAGACUACAUGGAGGUGCUGGACCGCUCUUACCAGUUCUAA